GCAACUGGUGAGCUGCGGCCGACACAAGUCUGUGUACGAGGAUUAAUACGACUUCAAAAGGAUUUUUGGGCUUUUCUCCAACAUUUCUUGAACUCCUUCAGAGUAUCACCAUGUCAGCUGCCAGCUGUCUGCUGUCUGAAGAGCAGUUUUUGUGCUCCAUCUGUCUCGAUGUUUUUACUAGUCCAGUCACUAUACCAUGUGGACACAACUUCUGCAAAGACUGCAUCACACAGCACUGGAACAUUAACAGUGUUCAGUUCCGGUGUCCCAUGUGUAAAAAGCAUUUUAAAACUCGCCCUGAGCUGCCCGUCAAUACUUUCAUAUCCGAGAUGGCUGCAGAGUUCAGACAGUCGGCUGAAAAGAAACAAAACGAGGACUCGGUCAUUGCCAAACCAGGGGAAGUCCCCUGUGACAUCUGCUCCGGCCUCAAACUGAAGGCUCUGAAGUCGUGUUUGACGUGUUUCGCCUCCUACUGCGGUAUUCACCUGGAGCCUCAUAUGACAGCCGGCCCCCUGAAAAGACAUUCGCUGACUGAUCCUGUGGCAAACAUGGAGGCCAGGGUGUGUACCAGGCACAGAAAAACACUGGAGCUGUUCUGCAAGACUGACCAGACAUGUGUGUGCUCGCUCUGCACUGUCUCGGAACACAUGGCACACAACAUCGCUGCUCUGAAAGAUGAAUAUGAAGUAAGGAAAGCGGAGCUGGAGCAGGAAGAGGCUGCAAUCCGGCAGAUGAUACAGGAGAGGAAGCUCAAGAUCCAGAAAACUAGACGCUUAAAAAUGCACAGUCAGGAAGAUGCCGAGAGAGAGAUAGCAGACGGUGUUCGUAUCUUCACCAGUCUGAUGCAGACGGCCGAGAGAGACCUGAACGAGAUCAUUGAGAUGAUUGAAGAGAGGAAGAAGACGACGGAGGAACAGGCCGACAGCUUCAUCAAAGAACUGGAACAAGAAAUCUCUGUAUUGGUGAAGAGAACUGCCGAAGUGCAGCAGCUCUCACUUACUCAAGACCAUCUUCAACUCCUCCAGAGCUUCACACCCAUGAACAGCGCUCUAUGCACCAAGGACUGGACGGAGGUCAGCCUCUGUCUGCCAUCAUACGAGGGGACUGUGGUGAACGCUGUGGUUGAGCUGGAGGAGACGCUCAGCAGGGAGAAGCAGCAGCUGCUUCAUGAGGCCAGGAUGAAGAGGGUCCAGCAGUACGCUGUGGAUCUGAUCCUUGAACAUCGUACUGCUAAUCCCUGGCUCGUCCUGUCCGAGGAUGGGAAACAAGUGUGGUGUGGUGAGGUGAGGCGAGACCUGCCAGACAACGCAGAGAGAUUUUCUCUUUAUGCCAAUGUAUUGGCACAGCAGAGUUUCUCCACUGGAAGGUUUUACUACGAGGUCCAGGUUACAGGGAAGACCGACUGGACCCUGGGAGUGGUCAGAGGGUCAGUGAACAGGAAGGGAAUAAUACCACUGAGCCCUGUGAAUGGCUACUGGGCUGUGGGUCUGAGGAACGGAAACGAGUACUUGACUCUUGCCAGCCCUGUUGUCAGCCUCAGUCUGAUCUCAAGGCCUCAGACAGUGGGGGUGUUUGUGAGUUACGAGGAGGGUCUGGUCUCCUUUUAUGAUGUGGACGCUGCGGUUCAUCUCAACUCCUUCACUGGCUGCUGCUUCAUUGAGGAACUCAGUCCCUUCUUCAGUCCCGGUCUUCAUCACGGUGGCACGAACUCCGCCCCUCUGACAAUCUCACCGGUCACCCCCACUGACUAGAUUUGAUUAUUCUUUUAGUCAUUUGAGAAGAGGAAGUCAAAGCAUCAAAGCCACAUUAACUGAGUUGAAAGCACUAACAGGCAGACACUCAACGAACAAACUAUCAUCUCAUCAAAUGCGUAUGCACUUAUUCAUGUUUUUGUAUUCAUAUUGUUCUAUUUUUGUAUGUAUAGUGAAGGAGUUUUGUGUUGCUGAAAUCAUUCCCUCUGCCAUGCUGGCUGUUACGAUAUCGCUUUAGUGCUUCCACAGUAAGUGACGGGAGGGAGGGCUGUGGAUUUUAUCCCACGUCACUUACAUUGGACAGGAUAUGUAAGGAUAUUCAGAUAAUUCAUAAAACAUAAAACAACUAUUAUCUGUGUAAAGAUAUAGUGGAGUAAUGUUUACCUCAUCAAAGAAUGAUGUCACUUUCUCUGUGUGUGUGUGUGUGUGUGUGUGUGUGUGUGUGUGUGUGUGUGUUAUCAGAGCUUGGUGUGCCUUUAAGGUCAUGUGAGAGUGCUGGUUAGCUCUGCUUGUGGCCCCCAGUCGAACACCGUUAGCUCUGUUAGCACCAUUUGUUGCUAGCUGCUGGCUCAGCUGUCCUCUUGCCGAGAGCCAUGCGGAGGCAAUAGACGUGAACUCUGUAUAUAGUACCUUUAAUGUCCAGUAUGGACAGAAGGGAUGAUUAUUACAGCAAGCAAACACUUUCUUUCUUUGUAUAAUGUGGGAAACUAACACUUGUUUUAAGACAGGCUUAAAUUAUUAGCCGACCCUUUAGUGCAGCAUGGUCUCAGCGUCUGACUCUCAUGCUGCCUCUUUAUGCCUUAAACAAUAUAAAGACAGUGAUUAACUUGUAUUGUGAUAUUUAAUGGUACACACUGUCUAGGAGAAACGGUUAUCUUUGAGUCUCCAAUAUGUUAUUUUGUAAAACUCAGGCUCUGUGUUAUUGGUUAAGUUGUGGUGACGUUCAGAUGGACAUCUGCCGGAUCACCGUCAGACAUGUCUCCUGUGUCUUUUACACUCAUUUAGUGUCACACAAUCGUAGAUAGAGCAUUGCUUGAAUGUUCAACACCAUUUUGACACGUUUACACCUCCAUGAUCAAUUCUUGUUUGAUUUGAUGAAAACGUUGUCGCUGCAGUGAUGUACAGGUGUACUCCAGGACACUAUGACAUCACUGUUGGGUGUGGUUACAGGAGCAACAGAUGGAACUUUCAGCCAGAAAGGCGAGUGAAACACAGAUGUUCAGCCUGGUGUUAAGUUACUCUUCAUGGUUUGAAUUAGAAUACACAUCUUUAAUUCUUUAAGCACUUUCUGAUACACUGUUAUUUUCCUGAUAUUAUGGGGUUGUUGAAGCAGUUUUAGGGGAGGGUCUAAAGACAAUACUUAUCACAAUGGAGCAAAUGUGAAUUUGACAUUGUUGAUGAGAAUCUCAGAGUUACACAACCAUUUUACCCUCCAAGCCUCCUACUUCUUCCACUCAGACGACCACUCCCACUCUGAGAGGAUUUACCUACCCCACCAAAAUAAUGCUUCCCCAAAUAUGCAACAUGAAAAAUGUUUUCUCCUCCUCAUUUUGACACGUUUAUCUCGCUCAAAACAAACAGUGUACUUGUCGUGACCCAUGCACGAGCAUGCAAGGCUGUGGGACAUGUCAGAUAUGUAUUAUAUAUAUAUACGGCGACAGCCAUUUGUGAAAUGUGAUGCUGCAACCAUUUUCAAUCAAAUCAAAUUGAAAUAGCUUUUGUGAUGCUGGCCCUCGUAUGGUAUUUUAGUGAACUGAGGUACUGUGACAGUAUUGACAGGAAAUAUUGGAUAUAACUGUAAAUAUAAUACCGUAGGACUUUGUGACGGGCUCUGGUAUCUUUUAUUAUUAUUUGUAAUAACUUAUUUUUACACUUAGAGUAGAUCCAAUCAUUGUUUGUUCUAUGUGUGUCAUAUUGUUUUUCAGUGUGCUGUUGGCCAUCAGUUUGCUUUAAGUGGUGACCCCCAACCGAAACAGUCAUGGUAUUCAUAUGAUUGUAUUAUUAUCAGUCAAGUUAAUAAGUGACACAUUCAUUAAACUGGCCAGAUCUCAGGUUUCUUUUUUUUUUUCUUUAAAAAAAUGUAAAAAUAUAAAUGUAUGAAUUGAAAAUUUUAUUUUUUUGAACACUGCAAUGAACCUGUGAUCUUAUUGGCUUUAUUCUGUUUUAACCAGUCUGGCAGCUGACGGAGAACACUGACACUAGGAGGCCUGUGGACUUCCUAAAGAAGGCCCUAGAGUACCCUCUAGUGGUCAAGGCUGGAAGCAACAACUUAGUGGCCCGUUUGAAGUCUUCUAUUUUUCUGUGAAAUCUUUACUUUGAUUUGACUGAUCCAGCGUAUGAAUGUUCAGGAGAAUAGCUGGUUCUGUUGAACAGAGUGUCUGUUUCUUUAAAGAAAACACUUUUGAGUGUUAUUGUUUAUAUUGAUUCUGUAUAGAUUUUAGAUGUGCUUGUAUCAAAAAGUCCACUAAGUUAAGUUAAAUUAGGGGUUGAUUUAAAUUUGAUGGACACAGUAUGGUUGUUCAGUGCGAGUAUGGCCAUACACGCAGAUAUCCUCUAAAAAUCGUUAUUAAUUUAGAGGUUUCUCCAUCUGAGGUCUCCCAGUCAGACAUGAACAUGCUGGCAUAUUUCUUAGAUUUCUAAAAAAUGAUUUCCCAUUAAAUUCAAACUGAAUACUAGUCUAA